UCUUUCUUUCUACUCUUAAACCAAAAAUAACAAAAUCAAUUUUUUUCAUUCCGAAAUAUGCAGAGUUUUGUCACCGAAUCACGCUGCUGUUGACCUCAAUAGCGUUGUUCAACUCCCACGAUUCUGUAAUUUCUCGGAAUUUGCUGCAUUGGAAGGAUGUUCUUCGGUGUCGGCAUGGCCGGGGUUUGAUCUGGUUUUUUUUCUUUUUCUGCAAUUUUUGUGUUUUUUCUUGUUUUUAUGUGCUUCUUUGAUUCAGCGUUGGAUUAUUUUGCUGUCUGCGGUUUUGGUUGCGGUGGGAGGAGGAGUGGAAUUUGUGUUGUUCUUCGUUGUUUUGUUAUGAGUGUCGUGUGGCGGGAAUUUUGGUUAGGUUCAGGGGGUUCUGUUUGAGCAUUUUGGAAAUUUUGGUUGUUCGUGGGGGUAUGGAGGAGGAGCUGAGUGCUGAGAAAUUGUUGAGGAAGGCGAAGGAGGAAGAUAUUGAUUUUGAUCUUGACCGAGUUCUGGAUGGGGAGGGGAACGAAGUGUUGCAGAAUCUUCAUAUAGAUGGGGCGGAAAAUCUGCAUUCGGUUUCAAUCAGCUGUGAUUGUGAGAGAGAAUUGUUGGAGUUGGAAAUCCAGAAGGGAUAUGAGGCGAGAGUGGAGGAAGUCAUGGUGGAUGUGUUUAAGGGUAGUGGGGAAAAUGCUGAAGUGGAAAUAAGGAGUAGCAAAAGGAGGAAGGUGGAUGAUGACCACAUUGAAGGUGGAGAUAAAAAGGUAGUGGAGAAAGUGAAAAUAAAACUUAUGGCUGAUAAACUGCGGGGUAGUGAUCGAGUUUUACGGUCAAGUUUUGCAGCAAAGAUAGAGUGUGAUAGUGUAGCUGAUAGUGACGGGAAUAAUAGGACUAUGGUGGUGCAGAAUUGUAGGAGCAGUAGGUAUGGCAAGACAUUAGAGAAGUUGGAGAAGGGAAGUGAAGAUCAAUUGCUCUCUGGAGAUCAGGAGGUAAAAAGAAAGCGUGGGAGACCGCCGAAGGUGGAAAAGGAAGCUGAGGAAGUAGUUGUUAGCCCUAUGAUGACCUUGAAACGGAAGCCUGGAAGACCACCCAAGUUGGAGAGUGAAAACAACCAUCGAGUUGUCUGCGAGUCGAGGAAGUUAAAAAAGAAGCGUGGAAGGCCACCCAAGGCUGAAAAGGAAAAUGACAAUCCGUUGCUUCCACCAAAGUUGGAGAGUGAAAAUAACCAUCAACUUGUCUAUGAGUCGAAGAAGUUAAAAAAGAAGCGUGGAAGACCACCCAAGAUCGAAAAGGAAAAUGAAAAUCCAUUGUUUCCACCCAAUUUGGAGUGUAAAAACAACCAUCAACUUGUCUGUGAGUCGAAGAAGUUAAAAAAGAAGCGUGGAAGGCCACCCAAGACUGAAAAGGAAACUGACCAUCCAUUGUUUGGUGAAUUGAAUAACUUAAAACCCAGGCGUGGAAGACCACCAAAGUUGCAACAAAGCAAUGGAGCUCUGAAGGAUGAACACUCUAAGGGAAGAAAAGAUAGGCUGGCAAGAAAAUUAAGUAUGAAGUUGAGAUACGGGGUAAAGACUAAUGUUCCAACUUAUUGUUUAUCCUCAUAUAAGAGGCAUAUUAGGAAAGAAAUACACAUGAAAAAAUCUAUACCGGUUGGAAAUGAUUUAUCUCAGGAAAUUUUGAUGCCAGAAGUAGCACUGACAGCGAGUUCAAAGGUAAUUACUUGCGGUGACAAGAUUAAGGAAGUGAAGAAAGUAGAAAAGCCCAAGAUCGAUGUAGAUGAAUACAAGAGGUCAGUAGCAAAGAAUUUAUUGAGAGAGAGGAUUACUGAAAUAUUAAAAACUGCUGGUUGGACAGUUCAGUAUAGGCCUCGAUGCAAACGGGAGUACAAGGAUGCAGUUUAUGUAAGUCCGGAGGGACGAACUCACUGGUCAAUCACCUUGGCUUAUAAUGUGCUUAAAAGGCACUAUGAAAUAGGUGACGGUGAUUCCAAAGUUUAUAGGACUGGUUUUACAUUUACUCCAAUACCGGAGGAAGAAAUCAUGACACUAACAAGGGUUACAAGAGCUAGGAAGAUUGGAGAAUUGAAGAAUCGAAGGAGAAAUGAAAAAUUAAAAAAGCUCAUUGAAAGGACAAAGUGUAAAGAGAAAGCAAAAUCUUCAAGAAGUCCAGUUUCCAAGUCAAUUAAGAAGAGGAAAAAAGAUAUGUCGCAUCAUGACCUUGAUAAUUCAGGCCAGAACCUAGAAAAGGUGUUUCCUCGGACACAAAAUAGUAAGCGAUGUGCUUUAUUGGUUCGAAAUACAGAGGAAACUGCCAAUUCUUGCAAUGAUGGGUAUUUUCUAUAUAAAGGGAAGCGGACACUACUUGCGUGGAUGAUAGAUUUGGGGGUUUUGUCACUUGAUGAGAAGGUAAAGUACAUGAACCAAAGAAAGACACGGGUGAAGCUUGAGGGUAGGCUUACAAGAGAUGGAAUUCUUUGCAACUGCUGUGAUGAAGUUUUUACAAUUUCAAAAUUUGAAAUGCAUGCCGGAGGCAGAGUUGGUCAGCCACUUGAAAAUAUAUAUGUACAUACUGGUUCUUCCCUCCUCCAAUGCCUGUUGGAAUCAUGGAAUAAACAAAAUGAACUACAGUAUAAAGGGUACAAUUUUGUUGAUGUUGAUGUCGAAGAUCCUAAUGAUGAUACUUGUGGAAUUUGUGGAGAUGGUGGAGACUUGAUUUGUUGUGAUAGUUGUCCAUCUACAUUUCAUCAAAGUUGCUUGGAUAUUAAGAAGUUUCCUUCUGGUCCCUGGCACUGUUUGUAUUGUUCAUGCAAAUCAUGUGGACAAGUCACGAUGGGGUUAUGUCCAAGGGAUGAUCAUCAUGAGGCAGCUGCAGCUGUGUUAUGUAAAUGCCAUCUCUGUGAGGAAAAAUAUCAUCCCAUAUGUGUUCAGACAAACGACGCUUCUGGUGAUGACGUGAAUAACCCAUUGUUUUGCGGGAAGAAAUGUCAAAUGCUACAUGAAAGGCUUCAAAUGCUUCUUGGGGUCAAGCAGGAUAUGGAAGAAGGAUUUUCAUGGACUCUUAUUCGUAGAAGUGAUGUUGGCUCAGAUGUUAGUCUCUGCAGUGAAGUAGCUCAGAAGAUUAAAUGUAAUUCCGAGCUUGCAGUUGCCUUGUUUGUGAUGGAUGAGUGCUUUUUACCUAUCAUUGACCACAGAAGUGGCAUUAAUUUGCUUCAUAACAUUCUCUAUAAUUGUGGGUCAAAUUUUACUCGUCUAAAUUUUAGUGGCUUUUACACAGCAAUUCUUGAAAAGGAUGAUGAGAUUAUAUGUGCCGCAUCCUUAAGGAUCCAUGGAAAUGAAUUAGCAGAGAUGCCAUUCAUUGGAACUCGUUAUAUGUAUAGGCGUCAGGGAAUGUGCCGUCGCUUUCUUGGUGUGAUUGAAUCGGCUUUGUCCUCUCUUAAUGUGGAAAAGUUGGUCAUUCCCGCAAUAUCUGAACUAAGAGAUACAUGGACUUAUGUCUUCGGUUUCAAGCCCCUUGAAGAGACUAGCAAGCGAAGGAUGAGGAAAAUGAGUUUGUUGGUCUUUCCUGGUGUAGAAAUGCUGCAGAAACCGCUAUUGAAGGAUCAUCUUCCGAUGGAGUGUACACCUCUUGCAGAAGGUUCCAAGUCUCCUCAACUUGCAGAACCACAAAUCCUGGAGGUCGUUGCAACCUGUCCUGAAGAGAGACAUUUGCCUGGUCCUUGUGUAAAUUCAUGCAGCGAGGACACUGCAAGUGAUGGAUUUGGGAUUUCUGGUGAACCUGGAGUUGUUGAAUCCAGUGUUAUACGAAAUGAUAAAAUUUUGAAUGAUGAUAUAGAUGAUACUUCUGACGAUGUCGAAGCCCAUAAUGCAGAUGUUAUCGACAGUACUUUGGGUGAAAGGAACCAAAAGUUUGAGAACUCAAUGUGCUCUACAUGCCUGACAUGUGAGGAAGCUAAAGAGGCUGGCCAAUACCAAAAGACUCUUGGUUCUACCAUUUCAGACCCUGAAGACCGGACAUCGGAACUAAAUGGAGAAUUGGAUGGAAGCUCAGCAAUUGAAUCGAAGUCCUGCCUGGAAUUUCCCAAAGGUACUGAGAGUAUUGAUGGCCAGGCGACUGCAGAAAUUUGUAUUCCUAGUGACAAACUUGAGUCUACUCACGACGAGCAUGUAAAUCAGUCGGAGCCAAUCAGCUCUAGUAACCCGCAAAAGAUUGCUUCAGUACAUGAUGGACAGACGGUUCUCUUUAAUUCAGAAACUGCAAAUGGUUGUGAUGCCACUUUACAUAUGGACGAGAAAACUAGUUCUCCCUCUGAUGGUGAUAGGCUUAAAGUUUCUUCUAAUUGCCUCCAAUGGAGGACGUGAUGUAGGCAGGUGAUGUAGGCAGGUGACCUGGGUCACUGGGAUUUCAACAAUUACUUAGGAGGACAAUUCUGAACAGAAAUAAGUGACGACUGGAGCUUAGUCUAAUCUCCACCUCUGAAGCAGAAUUAGUUCCUUAGAGAAUUCAAAUAAAUAGUUAUCCGAAUCAACAGGUGUUGGUGCACAGAUUAACACAUGCCACACUGUAUAAUAGAUUACUAAAACUUUGCUUCUGCUUUGGCUUUUCUUCGCGCCAUUGCACAGCUGAAGGUAGUUUUGUCGCAGUAACGCUCAGGUAUGACUCUGUCGAACCAAGCUACUUAUAUCCUUUUAGUCUCAAACAGAUGCGUCUUCAGUGGCUAUGGCUAGAGUGCUGCAGAACUCUUUUUUGUUGGUCUUACUAACCAAUUGUGCCAUUUUUUGGGAUGGAUGAUGUCCCCCGCCCC